AAACUCCCGCUGCGAUAAUAUCUGAUAAGACUGAUAUUAUGUACUUUUGUAGACCAAAGUGGGAAGGUGGUCAGUAUGAUGGUGAUGAAAAAUAUCGACUGGAUGCACUUCGAUUAGCAAUGGAGCUUGGAGCUGAUUACAUUGAUGUUGAGCUUCAGGUUGCUCAUGAAUUCAUUGAUUCCAUAUAUGGGAAGAAGCCUGAAAAGUUUAAAGUUAUUGUCUCUUCUCACAACUAUCAAGAAACUCCAUCAGUUGAGGCUCUUGGAAAUCUUGUUGCAAGAAUACAAGCCACUGGAGCUGACAUAGUUAAGAUUGCAACCAGUGCUAUGGAUAUCACUGAUGUAGCACGCAUGUUUCACAUAACAGUACAUUCUCAAGUCCCGACAAUAGGACUUGUAAUGGGUGAGAGGGGGUUGAUUUCACGGAUCCUUUGCGCAAAAUUUGGUGGUUAUCUUACUUUUGGUACGCUUGACUCAGGAAUAGUUUCAGCUCCUGGUCAACCAACUAUGAAGGAUAUAUUACAUCUAUACAAUUUCAGGCAGAUAGGGACUGACACAAAAGUGUUUGGCAUUAUUGGGAAGCCUGUCAGCCACAGCAAAUCACCUAUAUUGUACAAUGAAGCAUUCAAGUCAGUAGGUUUCAAUGGAGUUUAUGUACAUUUGUUGAUAGAUGACAUUGUAAAUUUUCUCCAUACUUACUCUUCAGUGGAUUUUGCUGGUUUCAGUGUUACAAUUCCGCACAAGGAAGCUGCACUUAAGUGUUGUGAUGAAGUUGAUCCAGUUGCAAAGGCCAUAGGAGCUAUUAAUUGCAUUAUACGGAGACCAACUGAUGGGAAGUUAUUUGGGUUCAAUACGGACUAUGUAGGGGCAAUCUCAGCUAUUGAAGACGGACUGAAAGGUUCACAUAAUAAUGGCAGUUUAACCGUUUCACCUUUAGCUGGUAGGCUGUUUGUUGUUAUUGGGGCUGGAGGUGCUGGAAAGGCACUUGCUUAUGGUGCAAAACAGAAGGGCGCAAGGAUUGCAAUUGCCAAUCGCACUUAUGAUCGAGCCAGAGAACUUGCAGACACAAUUGGAGGAGAUGCUUUGUCUCUUGCUGAUUUAGAUAAUUUCCACCCAGAGGAUGGGAUGAUUCUUGCAAAUACAACAUCUAUUGGCAUGCAACCAAAAGUUGAUGAGACACCCAUUUCUAAGCAUGCUCUGGGAUCUUACUCGUUGGUUUUUGAUGCUGUCUACACCCCCAAAAUGACCAGACUCUUGAAAGAAGCGAAAGAGGCCGGUGCCACAGUUGUUAGUGGGUUGGAGAUGUUCAUUGGACAGGCAUAUGAACAGUUUGAGAGGUUCACUGGGUUGCCUGCCCCAAAGGAACUCUUUCGAAAAGUAAUGGACGGUAGCUUGUGAGGUUUGUUUGGCUAAUUAUUAGUUUUAUAUUACAUAUAUAGUUAUUGUCUCACCCAUGUAUUUCAAUCUGCACUCCUCAAUUGAUGUUGUUUAAGAAUGUAUUAUAGAUGCUGUUGAGCAAGUUUGUGCACAUCUUUGUUGACAUCUUUUCUGUUAAAAUAUGCUUCAUCGUUUCUUUUUA